GCAAAUUAGGCCACACACAAAUAAUUAAUGCACUAAUCAUGCCCAGCUUCUAGGCUCUCCAGCCAGCUUAGCCCCUUGAUAUACAUACAUACAUACCAAUUAAGAGAUCAUGUAUCACUCACUAUAUAUGAGGGACACAAAAUGAGAGGAGAUGAGAUGGAUGUGUAGUUUGUGUACAUGGUUAGCUUAGCUCUAGUACUACUAGCUUUUGCCAACAACCCAGCUAAGCUGAGCUGAUCUCUUCACGUUUGUGGCGUGAGCUAGCUGAGCUUAUUAACUAUCUCUCUACCAAAUCAAGCUAAGUUAAUUAGCUGGAUAGCUAGCUCGGUGUGGUGGUGGUUGUCGUCGUCGUCGUCGUCUCCGGCGUCGGUGAGACGGCGGCCGGCGAAGAAGGGGGUGCGUAUAUAUGGGGAAUUCGCUUGGCUGCGUGGGGCUUGGGGAGAGGUUGGCGGCGGCGGCGAAGGACGGCGACGCGGCGGAGGCGCAGCGGCUGCUGGCGGCGAACCCCGGGCUGGCUCGGUGCACCACCUUCGGCAACCUCAACUCGCCGCUCCAUGUCGCCGCCGCCAAAGGCCACCACGAGAUUGCUGCAUUGCUGCUGGAGAAUGGAGCAGAUGUGAAUGCGAGGAACAUCUAUGGACAGACGCCAUUGAUGCAAGCUUGCCGGUUCGGUCACUGGGAGGUGGUUCAGACGCUGCUGGUUUUCAGAUGCAAUGUGUGGAGGGUGGAGAACCUGAGUGGGCGGACGGCGCUGCACAUGGCGGCGGCCGGCGGACAUGUCAAGUGCGUCAGGCUGCUGGUGGCGGACGCCGCCGGCGACAGAGACGGGUACGUGAACAAGGCGGCGAACGGCGGCGUGACGGCGCUGCACCUGGCGGCGCUGCACGGGCACGUCGAGUGCGUCCACCUGCUCAUCGACGAGCGCGCCAGCCUCGCCGCGCAGACGCUGCCCUGCGCCGCGCCGCCCAUGGCAUCCAUCGGCGCCGGCAGCACGCCGCUGCACUACGCCGCGUGCGGCGGCGAGGUCAAGUGCUGUCAGAUACUCGUGUCAAGAGGAGCAGACAGAACAGCCAUCAAUUGCAAUGGGUGGCUCCCAAUCGACGCAGCCAGAAUCUGGGGCUGCAACUGGCUUGAACACGUCCUCUCCCCCAAGUCGCAUCUUCCGAUCCCCAAGUUCCCUCCUUCCGGCUACCUCUCCCAGCCACUCCCCAGCCUCAUCGCCAUUGCAAGGGAGCAAGGUCUGAACUUGUCUUCGGAGGUUUCUGAUGGCUUCGAUGAAGGAGCAGAUGCCUGCGCCGUCUGUCUUGAGAGGCCCUGCACUGUAGCUGCUGAAGGUUGCGAUCACGAGCUGUGCGUGAAAUGCGCGAUGGAUCUCUGCUCGGUGAUCAAAUCCUACGACUCGGCGGGGAUCGCCGGCGAGAUCCCGUGCCCGCUCUGCCGGACCGGGAUAGCCUCCUUCCGGACAACCGCCGCCCCGCCGCCGCCGAGCCUCGCCGGGUCGCCCGCCCGCCGCAGCCGCCGCAACAACUCCGGCGGCGGCGGCGGCGAGCACGAGGCCUCCAACUCCGGCGGCAGCGAGAAGGGAUACGGCAGCAUCGACCCCGACGCCGGCGCCGUCGUCCCCCUCUACUACGCGCCGCCCUUCGCGCCUUCUGCCAUCCUGACCUGAUCGGAGAUUGGAGAUUCAGUUCUGAAGCAAAAAUGUUUGUCUUUGCAAGAGCUCUGAAUUUGGCAGAGAGAUAUGUUUCUCGGUUUCUGAAGAGAUGUGUCUCGCAAAAAAAAGGCAGCUCUGAAUUUGGGAGAGGUGUGUCUCUUCUUUGAUUCGUCAAGCAAAGAUCAUUAAGGUGAUAACUGAUAAAGAUUAAAAUUUGUUGUAUGCAAUGUAUAAUUAGUUGGGGUUAGGAGUGUACAUGGGUGAUUUGAUUUGAUCUGUUUUGUUUGGUUUGGUGGUGGCGUUGAUGACUUGAUGCUGGCUGGGGGAGUAUUGGGUUGUGUUGUGUUGGGUUGGUCUGAAUGUAUGUAGGGUGGGCUGUAGGGAAAAAGAAUAAACUUUUUUUUAUUUUUUUUGCAUUCUAUGGUAAAUUAAGGCAUUCUCUUUUUAAAAA